AUGACUGCUAAAAGAUUAAAUACAAGAAACGCUGUUAUUCCAAAUGGUUUGAGCGAAGAUGAGAUUAACUCAUCUGAAUCUGAAGAUGAAAUGAGUAAAGUGACACAUGCUUUACGAAAUGAAUUGAAUAUGAGCGAAAAUUCUCCAACAAGUGAAAGUGAUAGCGAUGAAAGUUUUGAAAGCGAAGAGAAUGAAAGUGAAGAAAGUAAAAGAAAAGAAAAGGUUGAAACUAAUCAAAACUUGAAAAAGAAAAAAAGAAUGCAUUGGGUCAAAAAAGAUUUUGUUGCUCCGACAGCUGGCUUUGCUGACAACAUGCCACCACCACCUAUUCAUGAUGAACUGCAACCAACUGAUUAUUUUUAUAUUAUGUUCGGCAAGCAAUCAACAACACUCUUGACAAAUCAAUCGAAUCUAUAUUCUGUUCAAAAAGAUCCCAACAAACCAGCACGUAUUUCGGAAACAGAAAUGGAACAUUUCAUUGGUAUUUUGUUAAUGACAGGUAUUUAUUCUUUUCCAGAACAACGUUAUUUUUGGUCGAGCAAUACACGUGUUGAAUCUAUAUCUUCAGUCANCUUUUAUAAAGUUCGACAACUGACAAUGAGCGAUAGCAUUUCUUUUGAACAUAAACUUUUUCAACGAAUUUCUGAAGAUUUUCCUUUUCUCCAAAUUUUGUAUAUAUCUAACAGUCAUCCACAAAACAACAAAUCAUAUUCAUCAUUAUCAAUUGAAUCUUGA